AUGCGUGGCAAGCAAUUCCACACAGGAAUUGAUGUGAAGGUCUGGGCAAUUGCAUGUUUUGCACAACAGCAACACGUCAAGGAGAACGAUCUGCGCAAUUUCACAGCACAGUUGCAACGUAUUUCAAAUGACGCUGGUAUGCCAAUCGUUGGUCAGCCAUGUUUUUGCAAGUACGCCAUGGGAGUCGAUCAGGUUGAACCAAUGUUCAAAUAUCUCAAACAGACCUUUUCUGGCAUACAACUGGUCGUUGUUAUUCUACCUGGAAAAACACCCGUAUAUGCCGAGGUCAAACGUGUAGGCGAUACUGUGCUUGGAAUUGCUACACAGUGUGUACAAGCUAAAAAUGUCAUCAAAACUACACCGCAAACACUGUCGAACCUGUGUUUGAAGAUGAACGUAAAGUUGGGAGGUGUGAACAGUAUUCUGCUUCCUGCUGUUCGUCCACGAAUUUUCAACGAGCCCGUGAUAUUCUUCGGUUGUGACAUUACACAUCCUCCUGCUGGAGAUUCACGUAAACCAUCUAUAGCGGCUGUUGUGGCUAGUAUGGAUGCGCAUCCGAGCAGGUACGCAGCCACGGUUAGAGUGCAGCAGCACCGUCAAGAAAUCAUCUCCGACUUAACGUACAUGGUUCGAGAGCUGCUUGUACAGUUCUAUCGUAAUACACGCUUUAAACCGACGCGCAUUGUUGUCUACAGAGAUGGCGUGUCGGAAGGCCAAUUCUUCAACGUUUUACAAUACGAGUUGCGUGCCAUGCGGGAAGCCUGUAUGAUGCUGGAGAGCGGUUAUCAGCCGGGAAUAACGUUCAUCGCAGUUCAAAAACGACACCACACGCGUCUAUUCGCUGUUGAUAAAAAGGAUCAAGUUGGCAAAGCUUUCAAUAUUCCUCCGGGUACAACUGUUGACGUCGGCAUUACUCAUCCUACAGAGUUUGAUUUUUACCUCUGCUCACAUGCGGGUAUCCAGGGAACGUCUCGCCCAUCGCAUUAUCAUGUGCUAUGGGAUGAUAAUGAACUUACUGCCGACGAACUUCAGCAACUCACGUAUCAGAUGUGUCACACAUAUGUGCGAUGUACACGUUCCGUCUCCAUACCAGCACCGGCAUAUUAUGCACAUCUAGUAGCUUUCCGAGCACGGUAUCACCUUGUGGACAGGGAACACGACUCAGGAGAAGGCAGUCAGCCAUCGGGCACCUCAGAAGACACUACACUUUCUAACAUGGCUAGAGCCGUACAGGUGCAUCCUGAUGCAAACAACGUGAUGUAUUUUGCAUAA